AUUAGUUGAUCGAAAAAAGUAAAUGAUUGUCAUUUGGUGUGAAGUAUUUAGUUUUUCGUAAAAGUGUGUCAGCACAACAUCCGAGGCAAGAGGGGCAAGAGUUUCCUUCAUUAGAGAAUAACAUCGAUUUUUGCAUGUGAGAAUAUGUCUGCUUACGUACGACUAGUACUUGUAAUUUGUAUGCUGAUUGACAAUGCACUAUCGCAUCGUAAAUUAGUGACUUGGAUCCGCCCACCUAAAAUAACCGAAUGGGGCAAAUGGGGAUAUCCUGAAAUUUGUCCGGUAAACAGCUGGGUCGGUGGUAUGAGAUUAAAGGUUGAUACAUCGCAAGAUAUGAAACGUGAUGACACAGCACUGAAUGCCGUUCAAUUGCAUUGCAUAAAUAUGGAUUGGAUUCACUCUGGAAGUGUUACGAGCGCAAUAGGACCGUGGGGAAAUUUCCGAAAAAAUCGAUACUGUACGCAAGGUUUUGCUGUAGGGUAUCAAAUUCGUUCGAGAAAAGAUAAAAAUACUGACGAUGUGAGCACUGUCGAUUUUAAAUUGAGGUGUCUGAAUUUUGAUGGCAGUUCUUCGUUUGUGGUUAACUCCGAUGUGGAUUUGCCAUUGGGAUCAUGGACAAAUGAACAGAAAUGUCCACUAAAGACGGCUGUUUGCGGAAUUAUCACACAAGUUGAACCAGAUGAAGGCAGUAGAUUUGAGGAUGAAACUUCAUUGACAAAUAUCGAUUUGGCAUGUUGUAACUUACCGGAUCCGGUCGAAACGUGUAAAUUAGAAAAUAAAUGGGAAACUGUUGUGAAUUGCCCUGAGGCUAAAACCAGGUGUGACGUGUCAGUUACAACAGGCUUCACAGAGGACAAAAAAGAAUCCAAAUUGGCAAAAUUUUACGAAAAACUUGGUUUCGUUGUGGACUUUCGAUUUGCGCAAACAACAUUUCAGCUGAAGGCUAAGGACAAUAGUUCUCGUUUAAUAAAUGGUAAAUUACUGGAGAACAUAAUCGGUGAAACAAGAAUAAGUAAAAAUACAACAUCGUUGCAAAUCAACUGCGAGGGACUGAGCCAGCAAUUGGUUCUUAUAUGUGGGUCCUACAAGAUUUAUACGAAAGAAUAUCGAUGCGUUCCGAGUGGAAACGAAGGAAGCACUUACAGAGGUCUCUACUUUCAACCGACUUCAUUGAUUGAUAACAUUUUUUGGAGCUAUAAUUGUUAUUGGAGUGAUUUUAAUGGUGCAUUAAGUAUGGAGAAAUCGCUAGGUGAGGAGUGUGGAGACUUAUGUUUGAGUGACGUUAAUUGUACGCAUUUCACUUGGACGAAGGACGGCAAAUGCUGGAUGAAACAUAGUGCCGUUAAUUUGAAACCGAUCGAGAAAUAUGAUAAAGGUUUGGUAUGCGGUUGGAUCGAAAGAACUUGA